CGGUUUUUUUGUAGGUACACCUACAAACGAUCGUCAUUCUUGUUCCGGUGUGUAGCCAUCGGGCCGAUUGGUUCGCAGCAAUGAAGAUCAUGGGAGCAGAGACCAACACCUCCGUCGCUGCGGGGCCGCCGCGCUUCUCGGGCCACAGCAAGGCUGCAGAGAACGGUUGCUGCCAGUCCAGCGGCGCUGAAUGCCAGAAUAAUGGGUACGUACACGUUUGGCUGCAACGGACGAAGAGAUUAAUCUGAUGCCUUGGUCAAAUGGAUGCAGGUGCGGCGCUCAGCAGCUCGUCGCAACCAAGACCAAGACUAAGCGCAAACCUUCAGCUGCAGCACUGAAGCGGCGCAUGGCCAAUCAGAUCCCGGAAGAGAUUCUGAAGGAUCCAGAGCUGACCAAAGCGAUCGAGCAGUUGCCGUGGAACUACAAUUUCGAGAUCCGCAAGACUGUAUGGCGCAUCCGCCAGGCCGGCAGCAAGCGUGUGGCGCUGCAGUUUCCUGAAGGCCUACUGCUCUACUCUUGUGUUAUCUCGGACAUUAUCGAGCGCUUCACGGGUGCCGACAGUAUCAUUCUGGGCGAUGUUACAUACGGCGCUUGUUGCGUGGAUGAUCUUAGUGCGCUUGCGCUCGGAGCCGACUUCAUGGUGCACUAUGGCCACAGCUGUCUCGUACCGAUUGAUGUCACGUCGAUCAAGAUGCUCUACGUGUUCGUGGACAUUGCUAUUGACGUCGACCAUCUCAUCGAUUGCAUGAAGCUGACUUUUCCACCAGAAACCAAGCUCGCUUUAAUGGGGACGAUCCAGUUCAGCAGCUCGAUUCACCUCGUGUCUUCGAGACUGAAGGAAUACUUUACGAGUUUGGUGGUGCCUCAGGUUAAACCACUGUCUCCUGGUGAGGUGCUGGGUUGCACCUCCCCUGUCAUCGACGGGGUGGAUGCUCUCGUUUUCAUUGCCGACGGACGCUUCCAUCUCGAGUCGGCUAUGAUUAUGAAUCCGAAUUUGAAGGCGUACCGCUACGAUCCAUACCCGAAGGUGCUCACGAUCGAAAAGUACGACCUACCGCAAAUGAUGGAAAUUCGUCGUGCCGCCAUCGACCAUGCCAAGGGAGCAAAGAAAUUUGGCGUUGUGCUCGGAACGCUAGGACGCCAAGGUAACCCGCUGAUUCUCGACCACGUGAAGCAGUUACUGGAGCAGAGCGGCAAGGAAUACUUCGUACUUCUGCUGUCGGAGCUUUUCCCCGACAAGCUUGCACGGUUUAAGGACGUUGACGCGUGGAUUCAGAUUGCGUGUCCUCGCCUUUCAAUUGAUUGGGGCUACGCUUUCCCGAAGCCUUUGCUUACUGCGUACGAGGCGGAAGUGUGCCUGGAGAAAACACAGUGGAAGGAGGGCUCAUAUCCGAUGGACUUUUAUGCCAAGGGAAGUGGACCUUGGACGAACUAUCACGAUCGCAAGAAGACCCAAACUGCAGCGUAAGCUGAUUUCAGAAAUACUGGAAUUCGUUUCUGCAUUUUUGUCAAUAGCAUUGGUCACUCUUUGUUCGAGCUUUAGUUCGGUUCCUUGUAAUGGUGUGCAUGCGUCACAGGACUGAAGCUAUCAGUUCUGUGUGUGCGAGCGAGUCGUACUGACAUGAGAUUACGAACGAAUGCAAAGCGAUCAGCUACAAAGUGGACAGAAGAGGAAAUUACAAGAAGUAAGUACCUUGGGCUAAGCACUUGCUCAGUCGGAGGGCUGUUUAUUCCUGCAUGAGAUGCUUUUAACGGACUGCGUGGUGCAUCCGGGUGGAUUCUAAGGAUCUCCCUGAAAGAAAAAUUUCGAAAUGUUAAAGGCGUGACAGCUAUACACGUUUUCAGCAAACACAGACUUACUCAAAGAUAAGCUCCUUGAGCCGAGAUUCCGUCAAGUCUUCUUUUUCAAAGUCGAAGCUGAAGCAGCUAUCUGCAACAGGUUCGUCCUCCAAGUUGUGCAAUGAUGCCAAGUACGGAUGUUCCAGAGCUUCCUCCACAGAAACCCGUUUUACCGGAUCAAAGACAAGCAUACGUUGGAGCAAGUCGAUGGCUUCGGGCGUAGCUUUCGGGAACAGUUUGGCAAAGGGAACACCAGGUCUCAUGGGUUGGUUUUUCAUGAAUCGUUUGGCUCUCUCGCUGACAACAAAAUGCAGAUCCUCUUCACAUGGAGUUCCGAUCUUGUCACAAAUGAUCUGGAGCUGGUGGAUAUAGUCGUCACCAGGGAAAAGUGGUGUACGACCGAGCAGCUCUGCGAAAAUGCACCCAGUGGACCACAUGUCGAUUGCCUUGGUGUAUUCUCUGGAGGAGAGCAUGAUCUCGGGCGCGCGGUACCAGCGUGUGACGACGUAUUCCGUGAGUUCCAUGUUGUCUUCCUCAGGCGUGACACCUCGCGAUAAGCCGAAGUCGCACACUUUCAAGUCGCAAUUCGAAUUCAGCAAGAGAUUCGACGGCUUUAAGUCCCGAUGAAGUACGUUAGCAGAGUGAAUGUACUUGAGUGCUCUCAAGAUCUGGUAGAGGAAAUAUUGCACAUGAUCAUCAGUGAGCGGUUGCCUCGAAUAGAUAAUUCGGUGCAAGUCGGUCUCCAUGAGAUCAGCGAUGAUGUAAACGUCUUCGAACUGAGCCAACGAUGGCGGCGGCAACAAGUCCACAAUAGUGAUCACAUUUUCGUGAUCGAAAUGCUGCAGGAGUUUAAUUUCGCGUAAAAUACGCUUGGCAUCCACGAGGUCUUCAAAGGCCCUUGAUAUUUUCUUUACGGCCACUUUUUCGUUGGUUUCGAUGUUGUCAGCC